AUGAGCUCCGUCGAUAACGACACCUCUUUCUACGAAACAUAUGACACCAUGCAUGUCCGUGAAAAAUUUCCGGAUGCUAGCCAGUUUCUAGCCUCCCGGCUGGGAAGAGCCAUCUCUCGGCGCCGUCAGUAUUUGAAGUAUCGCGAAUCACACCACAAGAAGUUAUCCCAUGGCAUGCAUCCCGACCAUGAUGCCGAACAAGACUCGACUGAGAUUGCUCAGCAAAGUACAGCUGCGUUUGGUCUUCCUAACGUGGAAGGGAUUGACUUGAACGAUGCUUGCUCAGAAACUGCGAGCUCCUUUGCUUCCACUGCAACAUCUGUUAAUCCAGUCAAACUGCGUCCAUCGCCACUACCUGAAGAAGCGAAGAAUGGCAAGCCAUCCGAGUGCCCUCUAUGUUUUAUGAUAGUUGCCGCCCGUGACCAUCAUUCUUGGCGGGAACAUGUAUACAGGGAUCUCCAUCCAUAUGUAUGUACGUUUGAAGACUGCGCAACCCCUGAUCGGUUAUUUGCGCACCGGAAUGAGUGGUUUGAGCAUGAAAACAGGUGCAUAUGCGCAAUUGGGAAUGUAUGGAAUGCAGUCAUAAAGCUUUUACAUCAGAAUCAGCGUUCCGGGAGCAACUUCGGCAGAUAUGGUAUAGUGUUCCCUGUGCAACAGGAGCUCGCUCUUUACCUGCAAUUCCGCCGACACCUUGCGAAGCAUCAGAAGCAGUUGGCACUAUUUGCGCUUCCCUCAAACGUGCAACAGGAUAACGAUGACGGUGACAAUGGCAUUCCUAAACCUGAGGCCUUGGACAUCGGUGCGCAAGGGUACAGUGAUGAUGCCGGGCCUGAUACUGUCACGGAAUACUCUAACUCUGACUCCGACACCGAAAUAUAUGCCAUACGCUGCGCGGGCAUUCGGCUUCCCAUUGUUGCGACAAGCGCCGUCGAUAUGGACGACUAGCGAGUGCUUAUCGACAACCGGGACGCGUGGGGCCGAAACCACUGAGCCUUGGAGCUG